AUGGCUGCGAAAAUCAAGUUGAACGUCCAGAAUUUCCCACGCCCUCCCUUGCUGGAGAAAACACCAAGGCACUUGGUGCUGAGAUGGAACGGACAGACCCUGGCCGACACCAAAUCGGCGUACUGGGUCUUGGAAACUACACAUCCUCCAACCUAUUAUCUUCCCCGAAACUCCGUCUCGGACUCCUUCAAGCUCACCCAGGUCCCCGAGAAGGCAUCGCUCUGUGAAUGGAAAGGCCGAGCCACAUAUUGGGAUUUGACGGACAAGUCGACAGGCCAGACGGUUACGAACAAGAUCUGGAGUUAUGAGUCGCCAACCCCGGCUUUCACAAGCAUCAAGGGAUAUUUGUCCUUUUAUGCCAGCGGCAUGCCGUGGGAAUGCUUCGUCGACGAUGAGAAGGUCGCUCCUCAAGAAGGUGAGCAACCGACUGAAACCACGUGGCGGCCGAACCUGAUCCCCCUCUUUAUAGGCGACUACUAUGGUGGAUGGGUGACCAGUGAACUCGAGGGCCCCAUGAAAGGAGGCCCUGGGACAUGGGGUUGGUAG